CUUCAGUGUUUUCAGGAUACCACUUAUUUGGCAUGAUAUCUAUAUUUUGGGAUGGAAAUCCAUUUUCCUGUUGUUAUAAUGGGUUAUCUUGAUCCAACAUCCAAAAUGGUUUUCAUUUGCUUAGAACUUUUAUGUUGCUAACCUUGUCACAGAAUUCACAACAAAGAUCUGGACUACAUAAUUUUUGGGAAACCGAAUCCGUUUGUAUUCAAGAAUACUGAAGCAAUUUUGAGUCAACUUAUGCCAUCUAGUCAUCUUUCUCUGUUGGAGAAUAGUGGAGUCUCUGAAUCACUUCCUUUCAAAACUCUUUAUAUGAUUGGUGACAAUCCUGCAGUUGAUAUCAAAGGUGCACGGCAGGCAGGGAGUCCUUGGUUUUCUAUCUUGACAAGGACUGGCGUUUUCCGGGGAGACAGUAAUCACACAGAGUAUCCGGCUGACCUGGCAAGUAACUUGAUCAAUUUGAUUGAUGCACCUCAUUAUUUCUACUUGCAUCUGUAUUCUAUAUAUUCUGGAAAUGUGCAUCUGCUCUCUUAGUCCAUCUUCCUAGUUCCAGUGUUUCACCCAUUGUUUUGCAGGUCGUUGACACUGUGGAGGAGGCAGUGGACUUUAUUAUGAGCAAUGAAAUUAUUCUUUAGGCAAAUUUUUUGAAGGCGUUAAUAUUGGAGGAUUUGUGCCAUGCCUUCGCGGCCUAUUUUGCAUCUGAAUCAACUAUGCAUACACAACAAAUUUGUUCUACAUUUUUCUGAGAAUUUCAUAUCAGGUUACUUCAUUUUAUCCAAUAUGACUCAACAACCUCGUGGCAUAUUUUGAUAUGAAUCUUAAACUCAUUCAAAUUUAGUGUUUUUUUCCAGCCUCAGUCGAAGUUAUAAAAAUUUUUUCAACUAAGGACAUAUCCUAGCUUUGGACCAAGUUCUCUCCCAUAAGCGUAGUUCGUCUUACAUAAAUUAUGGAGAGCGUGAUUUAUGUAAAUUGCAAAAUAACAUUACUGCAUAACU